UGAGGAUUGUACAAAACUAAUUUGUUGUGUUUGUUGAAAUAGCCAGGUAAGCAAACGUGUCAUCGCUACGUACAACUAUGAAGUUGUCCGUCGCUCUCGUUGUUAUUUCCCUUGUUUUGGCUGCGUCAGAAGUCACUGAAGAAGAUGAUGUGCUUGUAUUAAAUAAAAAGAACUUUGAUGAUGUCAUCAAGAACAAUAAGUUUGUUUUGGUUGAGUUCUAUGCUCCUUGGUGUGGUCACUGUAAGGCUCUUGCCCCAGAGUACAGUGCAGCAGCCAAAAAGUUAAAGGAAAAAGGUUCACUAAUCAAACUUGCUAAAGUGGAUGCUACCGUCGAAGAAGAACUUGCGUUCAAACAUGGUGUCAAGGGAUAUCCGACUUUAAAGUUCUUCCGAAACGAACAACCCAUUGACUUUGGAGGCGAAAGAGACUCUGACGCAAUUGUAAACUGGUGCUUGAGAAAAUCCAAACCUUCCGUGGAGUAUAUUGAGUCAUUAGAUAGUUGUAAGCAAUUUAUCGACAAGGCUACCAUUGCAAUAUUGGGUUUUAUCAAGGAUACGGACUCGUUAGAUUUGGCAGACUUCGAAAAAGUGGCCGACGAAUUAGAUGAUGCUGAUUUUGCAAUAGCUAACUCCAGUGAUAUUUUGACUGAGUAUGGUAUCACACAGACACCAAAAAUUGUUUUGUUUAAAAAUUUUGACGACAAUCGUGUUGAAUAUACGGGAGAAACACUGGAGAAUCUUAAGCAUUUCGUACAGGUGGAAAGUGUCCCUCUUGUGUCAGAAUUUUCCCAGAAGACCGCUGGAGUUGUAUUCGGAAGUCCAAUUCAAAAACACAUCGUCUUCUUCCUCUCAAAAUCAACAGACCAUUCGGAUCUCGUUGAUAAGCUUACAGAAGUUGCUAGACAAUUCAAAGGCAAGCUCCAUGUGAUAUACGUCGAUGUUGAUGUCGAAAACAACUUACGCGUGUUAGAAUUUUUCGGGCUUUCGAAAAGUGAUGCCCCAACUUACCGAAUUAUCGAACUUGGUGAUGAAACAACUAAGUAUAAACCAGAUACCAACGAUUACUCUGUUUCCGCAAUGUCUGAUUUCGUUCAAAGAACAAUCGAUGGGAAAGUCAAGCCUUUCCUUAUGAGUGAAGAAAUACCAUCAGACCAAACAGGUGCCGUUAAAGUACUUGUUGGGAAAAAUUAUAACGAUGUAGUUAAAGAUAAAUCAAAAGACGUGUUUGUCAAACUGUAUGCUCCUUGGUGUGGUCAUUGCAAGGCUCUUGCUCCGGUUUGGGAUGAAUUGGGUGAGACUUUCAAAAACUCAGAUACGGUGAUCGCAAAAAUGGAUGCUACAGUUAAUGAAGUUGAAGAUCUUAAAGUUACCAGUUUUCCAACUCUGAAGUUUUACCCCAAGAACUCGGAUGAGGUUAUCGAUUACACAGGUGAUAGAUCUUUUGAAGCCCUGAAAAAGUUCGUAGAGUCUGGUGGUAAAUCUAGUGAAGCAACUAAACAAGAAGAUCAAAUAAAGGAUGAACUCUGAAGCUGCUUCUUAAAUGGCUUUAUUUUGCUUUUGUCCUCAUAUCCCUUUGCUCUAAAGAUCUGUUUUUUUUCAUGUAUGUUCAAUAAGCAAUGAGCUUUAGUUUCAUUUGUCCAUUAUCUAGUUGUUUGUAAGCACAUAUUCGUUCAUGAAGUGCCCUUUGACAGUGCAUUUCCGUGAAAAUGUUCCUCAAGUUUUUUUGUACCAUCUUAAUUGUUUUUCUUUUUAAGCAUUUUUGAAUUCUGCUAAAUUAAACUUGUUGUAUUUAUUUGUAAAUUCAACUUGUAUAGUAAACAUGGAAGGAUUUAUGCUACAUUUAGUCUUUAGAUAUUGCAAAUGCUACGUUAGCUUUUACUAAAUAGCAUAAUUCAGGUGUUGUAUUCGUCGGAAUUGACAUUUCAUAUGAAUUGUAAAGUCUUUGAUUAUAGAUGCUUAUACUCAUUCCUCUAAAAUCAGUAAAUCGAUAUCUCUUGUAAAAGAAUACACGCUUCAUUGGUCAUUCGUCCAAUAUUCUUGAGUGGUUUCCAAUUUCCUAGACGGUUAGAAUUUGUUUAUGUUCCUUUCUUUGUAU